GCAGCCGCAGUUUGAGCCAGCGACUGUUGAACCGGAAGUUGAGCUGGCAUCAUGGAGGCAGAGGCGAAGCUGUGUUAAAAAAGUUAUUUUUCUUUCAUAUGUGUGGUUUUUAUUUGUUUUGACGUCAUGAGGAUUAAUGAGAACACGUCACUGGAGGGACAGAGAGUCGUGCUGGUGCCUUACAACGCAGAGCACGUGCCCAGGUAUCAUGAGUGGAUGAAGUCUCCUGAGCUGCAGCAGCUGACGGCUUCAGAGCCGCUGACCCUGGAACAGGAGUACGACAUGCAGAAGAGCUGGAGGGAAGACGACGACAAGUGCACAUUCAUCAUCUUAGACAAGCAGCGGUGGGCGGACACCAGUGUAGAAGAGGAGCAGUGCAUGGUGGGAGAUGUCAACAUCUUCCUGACUGACCCCACCAACCCGUCGCUGGCUGAGCUGGAGAUCAUGAUAGCAGAGCCCAGCUACAGAGGCAAAGGCAUCGGGAAAGAGGUGACACGCAUGAUGAUGUGUUACGGAGUCACCAAACUUGGAAUCAGAAAGUUUCAAGUAAAAAUUGGACUGGACAACCAGGUCAGCAUCGCCAUGUUCAAGAAGCUCGACUUCCAGGAGGUGUCGGUGUGUAAGGUGUUCAAAGAGGUGACGCUCGAGAUGACCGUGGACGAGUCAGUUCGGACGAGGCUGCUGGAAGACAUGGCCGACGUGAAGGAGAGAGACUACAGACAGACCUGCAGCGACAGACGAGAACCGGUUUCAUAAACUGUUUUACCGCACGAACUCUGGACGAUCAGGUCGGGACAACGCACGAAGCACACAACAGGAGGUGAUGUGGAAAUACUGUGUUGGGAUCAGGGAGGAGGUGGCGCCUGCUGUGUAAUGUGUCCACAGGAGCUGUGAGAAUGAAGCUCGCAGAAGAGGGAAGUUUAAAUGAUGAUGAACAACUACAGAAAAAUACUUAAACCUCAGUGAAGAGGAACUGCAACAAAGAAAGUCAAGAACAACACAGCUGUAGAAAAAGACGCUGUUGGAGCAGAUUCAUGUUUUCCAAGUGACAAAAGCGAAAAUGUUCAGGAUUCUGCAUCACUGGAUUGAAGGCUGAUUCUUCAAAAUAUGUUUGCAGAACAUAAAAUAAAUCUCAUUGUUCAAAUA